ACAUCAUCUCAGGAUCUCCAAAGCUGACAGAGCAUGUGAUUCAUGCUUGGGUUCAGAAUUUUUUUCCUCUGUCGCAAGAAGAGACUUAUUCAUCUAAGUGCUAGCAUGUUUAGCGACUGCAUCAUCACUCGGGUCAAAGGUCACGAGACCCUCCUCUCAUCCCCCACCGAUACUAAAGCCCCGCAAGGUGGCGUGUAGGUAUAAGCUGUGUGUUUACACCGCUGCUUGCGUAUACUAACAGCUUCGGGCUGCUCUUUGCAUUGAACCACCUCCUACAGCGAGUCAUCAGCCUAGACCGUGUGAGGGCUGGUCUCCUCGGAGACCCCAGAGAGUCUACUGCGCACGCGCGCGCGCUCCCAGCCCGGCUGAUGCAACUCCAGCGCACCAGUCAGAUCGACGCGGGGGGUGGGUAAGAGCUCGCAAAAGGGAGAAGAGAAGGAGGAGUGGGGGAGGGGGAGGGUGGGACCGACGCGAGGAGGCCCGGAUGAGGGCGAGAAAAGCCCCUCCUACCCGUGCGCUAGCGGCUGACGUUCGUCGGCGCGCGGCCAAGAGGCGGCGACGUGCGGCCGGCGCGCCCUGUCUUGUUCCGUCCCUGCUCGCUGCGGGCUGUCCCGUGCCGACGCCGGCGCUGCGGCCAUUUUGGGUGUCUCUCUGCCUGGGCGUCUGCCGGCUUCCGGGCCCCCCGCCGCCUGCAGCCGCCGAGGGGCAGCGCGUCCGCUCAUCUCGUCGAAGCCGCCGCCCGAGGGGUCCUCUCUAUGGUGACGGGGCCUCCGCCUGCCUGAGGCAGCUCCUUCCCGGCCCCUCCCGGGCUCGCCGCCUGUCCCUUCGCCAUGGACGCCGCCUCCCCGGCCACCGCCUGCGCUCGGCCUGUCGCUCUUCGGCUCUCCGCUCGCCGCCGUCACCGCCGCUUCCCCCCGUGGCGCCCCUGCCGUGCCGCGGAUCGUCAUCGGCCCGCAGCACCGGCUCCGCCGCUCGGCCGGGCCGAGGUCGUGUAAGAGUCGGCUGGCUCGUGCCGAGUCCCCGCCCCGCCACCCCGAGUGACCGCCCCGAGAAGGCCAUGGAGCCUGGAGCCCAGGUGCCCCGAGAGCGGGGCUCGUGGUUCCGGCUGCCCUUCUUUGCGCUUCCCCGCCAGGCGCCGCAGGGCUCGAGCUCCCCCUGCCCGGCCCCGGCAGCCGGCAGCCCCCCGGCCGAAGCCCGGGCUCGGGCCUGGCUGUCGCUGCUGGCGCAGCUCCUGGCGCCGCUGCCCAGCCUGCUGCAGAAGGUGCUGCUGUGGGGCCAGCUCCUGGGGGCCAUGAUCCCCGGCAGGUGGCUGGAGCUGGCCGCGGUGAAGAGAGCCCCAAGAGCAGGUGGGGACGGUGCCGCCGGCCCCGCCGCCCGCAAGGCUUCCAGCCGCGACCACCCCUCCGACGACCCCGCUCCCGCCCCCCUGAAGUGGCUGGAGGAGGGCAUCCACUGGCCGUGCGGCCCGCGAGACGUGCGCCUAGAGCUGGAGAGCAAGGGGAGCCCUUUGGACCCCGCGGCGCGCUCCCUUCUCCUGCAGCAGCAGCUGUGGGGGGCCGAGCUGGUGCAGAGCAGCCUCCAAGCCCAGCUGUUCCCGGACAAGGACCUCUGUUCUUCGCCCAGCGGCGCCCUGAACAUUCAGCACUUGAACAAUUUCGACGUGGUCUCUUACGUGCUGAACCCGGCCGGCCUGAACUACCUGUCUCACGUGGAGCUCACCUGUCAGAAUAGCUUCGAGACCACAGAGGUGGGCGACUUCCAGACACUAACCCUGGAGAGCUGCUUUUUGGCUGCUGACCAGAGUCACCAGCCCCAGCCCCUGAACGCAGAGGGUCCGGGAGCCUCCUGGCAGGGAUGUCCGCACAAAUCACCCCUCUCCACAGAGGGUCUGCCAGAAAUCCACCACCUUCGAAUGAAACGCCUGGAAUUCUUGCAGCAGGCUGGCAAAGGACAAGCACUACCCACCCCUGACCAGGAUCAUGGCUAUCACAGCCUGGAGGAGGAACACAACCUGCUUCGAAUUGACCUGAGCCAAGCCUCGAAAUCUGAAUGUUGUACAGACAGUCCUGUACAGUUUGUUCCCUCCACACAGGCCCUUGUAGGAGGCAAAGAGGACCCAACUGAGGACAAAAUAGGGUUGUUGAUAAAAGAGAUUCCCACUCUUUUGGAAAGUCAGGAAGAAAACUGGCCGACUUGUGAUCUGUCUGUAGAGAGAGACACUGUGGAUGUUCAACCAAGUGUGGUUGACAGCUUAGAUAUCGAAGAUGACUUUCCUAUUUCUGCCAGACCAGCAUGUAGUAACAAAUUGAUAGAUUAUAUUUUGGGGGGUGCGUCCAGUGACCAGGAGACAAGUACUGAGUCUGAGGGUGAGAAUUGGGAUGAGGAAGGUGAAGAUGAUGGUUUCGAUAGUGAUGGUUCUCUUUCAGAAUCAGACCUUGGCAAACAGCAUUCCGAAGGCCUUCACCUUUGGAACUCUUUCUACAGUAUAGACCCGUACAACCCUCAAAACUUUACAGCGACAAUUCAAACUGCUGCUAGAACUAUUAGCGGAGACCAUUACAAUUCAGAGGAUAACUCUUCGGGAAAGUCUGAUGGAGAAGAUUCUUCCUGGACUGAAAGCCCACCAGGUUCUCCCGACCAUAGCUCUGGAGAAGAAGAUGAUUGGGAGUCUAGUGCGGAUGAAGCAGAGAAUUUAAAACUCUGGAACUCGUUCAGUAACUCCGAUGACCCCUACAACCCUUUUAAUUUUAAAGCACCUUUUCAGACAGCAGGGAAGAAAGGGAAAGACAGAUGUGACUCCAGCAGACGGACUGAGUCCGCAGUAGCCAUCUCUCGGAGUGAAGUACAACUUAGUUGUGAGGUACAGCUGUUGGGAAGCCCAGAGACUGGAAUCUCAGACGUCCAGUAUGGGCUUCUUCCCAGAGACGGAUGCACAUCUACCAGAAGAAAAAAGGUAACCUUUCUUGAAGAAGUUACUGAGUAUUACAUAAGUAGUGAUGAAGAUCGCAAAGGACCCUGGGAAGAAUUAGCAAGGGAUGGAUGUCGGUUCCAGAAACGAAUUCAAGAAACAGAAGAUGCUAUUGGAUACUGCUUGACAUUUGAGCACAGACAGAAAAUUUUUAACAAACUCCAGGAAACAUACUACAAAAGAUUUAAUGUUUUCUAGUGAUUGGAAGGUGAUGGCCCUCUUGCCCCACUAAUACACACUACCUCUUAACAUAAGAGGUGUCUUCCUUUUAAGAGCUGAAGUUGGCAGUUGCCCUUUAGUUUCUGAGAGGGAAUGAAAUUUGAAUGCGGUGCCCCCAACUUAACGUUACCUGUGUGCAACAAACCUACUUUGAAGUGUGUGUCUGGUUUUAUUGUUGAAAUAAGACCUCUCAAUGAAAGCUAGGAGUGUGGGGUGUGUGACUUUUUUUAAUUCUUAUUUUCUUGAAGAAAUUAAUCCUAUUAUGUAAGUUGAAUGUGUUUUGAACAUCUUUUUUGCUUUUGGGGAAGAAGAUGGGACCUAUUAAGUUGUAAUUUUGCACUUUUUAAACUUUGAAGGGAAACAAUAUUUAUAGGGUUCAAAGCCCACUUUCAAUUCUAAUUUAAAGUACGUAUGUAUGCCCGUCUAAAGUCUUUGUGCUCUUUAUACUUUUCUUUUUCACUCCAACAAAUAGAAAAUAGGAUCUUGUAUUUUCUGUUGUAUUUUUCCCCACCUACUUAAAAUAAUUGCCCUCUUGCCUUAAGCCUAAGAAAUCAGUCUUGCUUAUACUACUACUAAAUUUAAAGAAAUUUAUCUCACACUUUGUGUUUUGUUAAAGGAGAUUGGUGGUAAAUUUUAAUUUUAUUUCAGACAAAACCCUGGCCUCAGUGAUCAGAGUGGCCAGGAAUGAUUGUAAAAAUACUGUUAACCUACUUUUGGAAAGCUUUAUGUUUACCCAUAAUUUGUAUCUAUUCACACAUGAAAAUUGUAGACAGUAGUAUGAGAACCUGGUCUCUCUUCAAAAAGGUUCUUUACAUUUUUCGUGUUUCCUCAAUGUAUAUUAACUUUUAAUUUUUAAAAGGCAGCAAUUGAUUGGCAUAAAAUAAUAAAAUAAAAUCCAGAAGCAUUAAUACCAUUGCACAAACUUGCUUUAUUUUUUAAACUUAAGCCUGGCUGAAUCUUGCUGGGCAGAGGGUAAAAGAAUUCAUAGAGCAAUUUGGUUUUGAUUGCUUAUCUUCUUAAAAAAAACAAAACAGUGUUAUUAAUACCAUGCCUCAGCACUGUCACUUUGAAAACUUGUCAGGGUAACACUGUGAACUUGGAAACUGGCAGUUUUGAAUUUUCCAAUUCCAAAUAUUGGAAUAUAGGCUUCAGUCAUUCCAAGUUUGUGUCAGAGAAGUGGCGAAUAAAUUGGUAAAGCCCAAUUCCUUUUGGAAAGGAUAGUACUGUAGACUAACAACUAGGCCAUGUUAAUAAUAACUUAGCCCAAAGGUUACCUUUGUUUUUGUGCUUUUGCAGUUACUGUUUGAGCUUAUUUCUGUUUUGCGGGUCUGUGCAUUUGCUUUGUUGAGGGAACAUUAGCUGAAUAUUUAAAGGACAGUCUCAUUUUUUUACUCAUCCUUCUGUUAUAGGUAAUGGAAGAUGUGGGUAGGAGAAAAGAUCUCCAAAUCUGGCUUGACCACAUGUUGGAGAUGAUUCUUUAGAUCAGGAACCUAGUGGAUUAGACAAGGCCUUGAAGGUUAACUACCUCAGCUUAUCCUCUACCUGGCCACUAUUCCAUUUAUGUCUAGUUUACUCUAAAAUCCACACUGAGUGCAUUACCAUGAAGAUACUUAAACUUUUGAGUAUUUAAGAAAGUCCUUGUUCUUUUUUUUUCCUUUCAAAAUAGACCUCCCUUAAAAUUUAGAAAGACUAAAACUAGUUCUAAGGUGAAUUUUAUGUACACCACAGGGAUGAGUGCUUUUACUAAGGUAUUGACCAUAUCUUGUAUGAUCUGCUUAAUAAUACCUUAAGCUAUUUUAAAUUACAAAUAACAUUUUGUGUUUUAGAAAAAGCAUGCAUCAUUUGCCCUAUUUAAAUUUUUUGAUAAAGAGAAAAUCUUUUUGAAUUGAAAGCAUAAUGUCUUUCUUCAUAGAUGGUGCAGAUAAAAUCCUUGUGUAAUUCUUGUGUACAUAGAAGCUAUGGAACAUCUACUUUGGACUUUAGAACAACAUUCAUUUGGGCCCUUUUUAUAUUUAACCCCUCUGGCUCUGGGUUAGGGUGGUGGGCAGGGAAAUAGACCACUACAACUGUGAAUAAACUUUUUUGUUGAGGAUUUUUUCCCCCCAAAACCUGUUUUUUUAAGUAUUGGGCUUGAGGGUUUUGAGGAGAGGGAACCACGUUAGAGUUUGACUGAAGAAAAUCAAGAGUCCUGUCAAUUUCAUUCUAGCUAUAGUGCAAACAUGGUGGUACUGUUCUAGCUAUAAAAACUUUAAAAUUGUUAUGGUGCUUUAAGUGGCAGUGUAGUAUGUGGGAGACUGUGUACAGAGAUGUGCUUGUUUCUGAGUGUUGUGAAAUAUUAUAAAGAGCACCUCUUCAUUUUCAUCUUUAAAUCAAAACUGUAACUAAUUAUCAGAUUUUAUUUUUAUAUAAUUUUGCAAAGUAAAAGUUAGGAGACUGGCAAACUUCUAGAUUGGCUUUUACAGACCCAGGCCUGAUGUAAAUGUAACUUGUUUGUUGGGGUUUUAUAACUAAAAUUAUAUUUCACUGUAUAAACUGUUCAAAACUAAUCUUGUAAAAAUUGUAAUAAAAAUAUUUGCAUCAA